GAAGGGCGCCGGGGACGGCCCCUGCGGCUUGACUCUGCUCGGCCAUCUUCAGAGGUGGGAGGCCCUGGGUGUGUGGAGCGUGGUCUCUGACUGAAAUGGAUAUUCGAUUGGGUGGUCGGUGCUACUGGCUGGGGCGGGGAUGAGCUAUUGUUAGGGGGUUGACCCCGAAGCAGGGACGCAGGGGCGUGGGUCCCACCCGCCAACUCGAUACUACCACUACUCCCCGGGACCCGUCGAACUGCGGGAUGUACUGUGUGGUCCCGUGGGCUCUGUGCCCCCUAGUUCCAGAGGCUCCACGCUGGGGACUGUGUGCCGCCUGGUACCGUGGGCUCUCUAUCACUGGCUCUGCUGAGGGCUCCGUGCCACCUGGUGCUGGGGACUUUGUGCUGCCAGCUCCGUGAUGGUAAACAAUGUGGCUUUGCCUGGCGCAUCCUUUCCCUGGAAAGUUGGGCGGAGGCCACCGAGUGACAUUCUUCCCGGUUCUUGUGCCCACAUUCAUCACACAGGGCCUUGCCAGCUGCCGUGCCCUGUGACCCUGGCCCACCGCGCUCAGCCUCGAGCUCACCCAGCUCGAGCCUGCCCCGCGCCCCUCCCUCCCGUUGGUCUGUCUUCCUGUAGCUUCCUCAAGUUCCCCUGCAUGGCAUCACACUGCUGUGGAAUUGUGCCAUACCUGCAACCCCCAGGGUGUGAUGGGGAUGUCAGGAGAACUUCCGGGUGAGGCGGAGGGUGCGGCGGACCCUGGCACCGUGGCACUGAAGGAAGUUGAGCACUGCUCUGGGGAACCCUUGAAGCAGGCCGACCAAACCACUUCAGUCUCGGGUGCCAUGCAGAGAGCCAGCCCGGGGACGCAGACAGAGCUGCAGCUUCCGGCAAGGUGUCCGACGGCUCCGUGAGUAAAAUCCUUGGCCACGGUGGAAGGCCGCUCACCCUGCAGCUCAGAAGUCAAGGAGGCGCCGGCGUCCCCCACCCCGAGGGCUCCCCCACGUCAGGCGGCCGAUGGCCCGGUGCAGGAUCCCGAGGCGGCAGGGUCGCCCUCUCCUGCUCUUGCCCGCGACGCUGAUCGUCCUGGGGCUGCGUCUGUGGCUCCCGGCGGGCCCCACGGGGCCACCGCCUCCCUCCGCGCCCGGCCCGCCCUCGACGGCGGCCGCAGCCCCGCCGUCCCCGUCCCCGGUGCCCCCGUGCCUGCCCAACGCCUCGGCCGCCGGGCUCCCCGGCUUCUCCGCCCUGCCGGCGCGGAUGCGGGACUUCCUGCUCUUCCAGCACUGCCGCCGCUUCCCGCUGCUUCACGACGCCCCCGCUGCCUGCCGCGGCCCGGCCGGCGUGUUCCUGCUGCUGGCCGUCAAGUCUUGGCCCGCGCACUACGAGCGGCGCCAGCUGGUCCGGCGCACGUGGGGGCAGCGCCGCCGCCACGCAGGGGCCCCCGUGGCGCGGCUCUUCCUGCUGGGCACCCCGCCGCCCUCCGAAGAGGCGGCCAACCUGGAGCGGCUGGUGGCCCUGGAGGCGCGCGACCACGGCGACGUCCUGCAGUGGGGCUUCCAAGAUACCUUCGUCAACCUGAGCCUCAAGCACACGCUGUUCCUCGACUGGCAGGCGGCCCGCUGCCCCGGGGCCCGCUUCGUGCUCAGCGCCGACGACGACAUCUUCGUGCACACGGCCAACGUGGUGCGCUACCUGCGGGACCAACCGUCCGACCGCCACCUGUUCGUGGGGCAGCCCAUGGUGGGCUCGCCGCCCGUGCGAGAGCCGGCCAGCAAGUACUUCGUGCCCGAGAUCCUGUUCCCCGGGGACUCCUACCCGCCGUACUGCAGCGGCGGCGGCUUCCUGCUGAGCGCCUUCACCGUCCGCGCCUUCCGCCGGGCCGCCCGCUCCGUGCUGCCCUUCCCCAUCGACGACGCCUUCGUGGGCAUGUGCCUGGAGCGGGCCGGGCUGGCGCCCAGCGGCCACGAGGGCAUCCGCCCGUACGGCCUGGACCAGCUGGGGGCCCCGGGGCGGCGCUCCUUCGACCCUUGCCUGUAUCGCGAGGUACUCCUGGUGCACCGCUUCCGGCCCUACGAGAUGCUCCUCAUGUGGGAGGCGCUGCACGACCCGCACCUCCGCUGCUACAAGAAGCAACAGGUCCGCCCGACGGGCGGCGGGGGCGGGCCCCGGUGACGCGGCCCCUGCCGUCGCCCGCUCCACCAGUCCACCCCAUUGCCCCUCUACCGGGAGCGGUGGCCCCUGGGGACACGGUGACACCCCUUCCCCUUAAAGAGGCUUCUUGGGGGCUGGGGGCAAGUGACCCCACCCUCCCCGGGUCCAUUUCCCACCUCUCCCUGGCAGUAGUGGGAGACCGUGACCGUUGUAGGGCUGGGUGGUGGUGGGAGGGAGCCUGUAGGAUGCGGGGAGAGAGGGAGACCUCUCCCAGCUCUGCCCUUAAAUCUCAGGGUCGAGGGGGCAUCUGGGGUUGAAUAAUUCAACUCUGCCUCCAAGCCUGUGUCAAGCGGUCCCAGUGUCCCGAUCGUAGGUCCCCGAUCCCUCCUCCAUCCCUCUCCCCGAUCCCUCCAGCUCCCCCGCCACACCCUCCAUAGUCAUCUUUCACAUUAGGACACACUUGCCGCCUCGUUUUUUGGUGCUGGAUGGGCCCGUCUUUCCCUUUCUGCCUCUGGUUUUCCCCCCCGAUGGUCACGGAGCCUCGUCUGGAGGAGAGGAAGCCGUCUCCUGGCGGGCCCGUCCACGACAGUGGGAGCCCCCCCACCCCACUGCUACAUCACAUUGUUUGAAACCGGGGUCCACCUUUAUCUGUUCACCACCCUCCCAGUUUCCCGCAUCCCGUCCGGCGGAGCGGUGUGUCUCCGACCGUUGCCUCGGACUUGCUGAGCCGAUUGCUUCAGGCCUCAUCGGCCAUCUCAGCCUACCGUCUGUUAGCCAGUGCGGUCUGUAAACUCCUGUAGGUCCGGGACGUGCCUUCCGUGGUAAAUCCAGUUAUCUCAGCCACACGGCAGCCCGGCAGGCUUUCGACUUGGGGUGGGGUUUGACACUUUAUCGGUGCCCCACACCAUUUCGCCAUCUGCUCACUGCUACGCUGGCCCUUUUUAUUGUUUCCUCCUACUGUACUUAGUCCAUCAGGGCUCUGUUGGCUAGCGUGCCACCUGGGUAGCAGAACUCAGGGAUUGCUGUAAAAUCCGUGUAUCCAAUGAAAAUCUAGGGUUGGGUUUCCCGUGGGGGCUGGUUGAAGACCUCAUUUUUUUUUCUUCAGAUUUACCGUCAGUCCAUCGUGCUGUGCCAGAUUUACAGAACCAUCAGUCAAUAUUGAAUCGUAUGUAUUGAGUGCUUACUGUGUGCAGAGCACUAUACUACGUCCUUGGGAGACUGCUGCACACAUUCC